AUGACUUGGUUCACUGCUUGUUUCGGCCAGAAUGAUUCUUCCCAAACAGAAGAUAUCAAUAGGGAAAUUUCGAAUCUUCCGAACGCUAAAUUGUACAGUUAUAAAGAACUACAAACCGCAACUGAAAAUUUCAAUCAGGCGAAUAAGGUUGGUGAAGGUGGAUUCGGUUCUGUAUACAAGGGAAAGCUAAAUGACGGCACGUUAACAGCCAUUAAGGUUCUAUCUGCUCAGUCGGAGCAAGGCGUGCGUGAGUUCCUAAACGAGAUAGUUGCAAUAUCGGGAGUCGAACACGAAAACUUGGUCAAGUUGUACGGUUGCUGCACAGAGAGGGGCCAAAGAAUACUGGUUUACGGCUAUCUCGAAAAUAAUAGCCUCGCCCAAACUCUUCUAAGACGCCACAGUGAUUUGCACUUUAGCUGGAAAAUGCGGACUAAAAUUUGCAUAGGCGUUGCACAAGGGCUUGCUUUCCUUCACGAUGAAAUUCAGCCACAUAUUGUUCAUAGAGAUAUAAAGGCGAGCAAUAUUCUUCUUGACCGGGAUUUCACGCCGAAAAUUGCAGACUUUGGUCUGGCAAAGCUUUUUCCUGCGACUAUGACUCAUAUUAGCACGCGUGUUGCCGGGACCUUUGGUUAUUUGGCUCCUGAGUAUGCAAUUAGAGGCAAGCUUACAAGGAAAGCAGAUAUAUACAGCUUUGGGGUUCUGCUGCUAGAAAUUAUCAGUGGAAGGUGCAACAGAAGCAAAAGAUUGCCAGUCGAAGAACAAAAUCUUCUCGAAAUGGCAUGGCUAUUGUACGAGAAAAAUACGCCAAUCGACUUGAUCGAUAGAUCACUCAAUGGGGAUUUCAACACCGACGAAGCUUGCAGGUUCGUGAAGAUCGGGCUGUUAUGCACCCAAGAUAAGCCCAAGAACCGGCCCACCAUGUCUGCAGUCGCCAAAAUGCUCAAAGGCGAGACGUGUGUGGAUGAUGUGGAGCUGUCAAGGCCAGGCCUACUCGAAGAGCUAAUGACUCUCAAGGCCUCGAGCAAUGCCCCAUCAUCCACGUCGGGAACAAAAUCCUUGUCUUCUCAAAGCACAAACAUGACGUAUGCCACCAUGUCUUUCUCGUCUAUAUACGACCGGACUAAUUGA